AUGUCUUCUUCAAGCUCUCGUUACAAGUGGCGCGGCAGCACUCGCAAGGUCGUCUCCGCUCCAAUCGAGCGCCUGUGGGCCGUCGCUUCCGACUACUGCAAUCUCCACCAGUGGAUCCCAGCCCUCCAUGUCUGCCGCUGGAUCGCGGGCGAUCACCCCCGCGCGCCCGGCAGCGUCCGCUACGUCGAGGGCUCGUCCACCGGAUGCGACGGUCGCAAAUCGUGGGCCAAGGAGAAGCUCCUGACCAUGGACGAAUCCAGCCACACCAUCUCCUAUGCGCUGAUAGAGUCCAACUUGGGAAUGGAGGACUACGUCGCCACCAUGAGAGUUUUGGGAGGGCCGGACGGGCAUAACACCGUGGAGUGGUCGUUUGAGCUGAGCCCCAUGGAGGGAGCGUCCCAGGAAAAGGUUAUCGGCCGCCUCACGAGUGUUCUAUUCACCUACAUUGGCUAUCUCGAGGCUGCCGCGCGAUCUUACUAA